UUAAUAAAUGGACCAAUCCUGAUAAAGGAAGGGUUUUAUAAAUCGUACCAUAUUAUUUGGGUCACCGCUAUCCGCCGGCCACCACCACCCCACCGCAAUGGCUACGCUCACCGCCGCUCAGCCACUAACCCUAGACUCUCUCCCUUUCGUAGACCUAACUACCCUAACCCAAUCCGAGCUCCUCUCCCUCUCCCUUUGUUCUCCAACCUCCUUCGACCUUCACCGCUCCGACAACCUCGUAAUCCCCUCCAUCGACCGUUCCAUCUUCAAUGAAUCCGCCGGCUCCCGUCGCCAGACAUUCUCCCGCCCUUCCCCAAACAACCACCAUUCGUCCCACCACCACCCUCUCCGUCACCGUCUCCCCGGCCUCCUCCCUUCCCCCAAACCGCCCCCUCCUUUCCCUCCUCUCCAAGAUCCCGAAGCCCUAGAAAACCGAUCCAUAAUCUCCUCCCUCAAAGUCUCCCUCAAAUCCCACCCCGAAUUCCACCACCUCGAUUUCACUUCCCCUCCUUCUUCCCCGAGGGACGCGAUGGUAAGUUACGGAAUUAGGGAUACCAUGGUAAAUUUCGAGAUUAAAGAUGCCAUGGUCAGUCUAGGGAAGAGAAAGAGAGGAAGGAAGCCCAAAGUGCAGGCUGGGACUUCUGGGGAAGCGAGAGAGAGGGGUUUAGAGAUUAUGAAUAAAAAUGGUGUCGCCGUCGAUUUGGAGGCGUUGGGUGGUUUGGACGAUCCUUAUGGGGAGGAAUUGAAAAGGAGGACCGAGGGAAUGGCGGGAAAUGAGGAGGCUUUGUUUGGGUUUAUGAGAGAUUUGGGUGGGCAGUGGUGCAGUAGGAGAAGGAAGAGGAGGAUUGUUGAUGCCAGUAUUUUAGGAGACGCGUUGCCAGUGGGGUGGAAGCUUUUGUUGGGGUUAAAGAGGAGGGAAGGUCGCGCCUCGGUUUAUUGCCGGAGAUACCUGAGUCCUGGUGGACGGCAAUUUGUAUCAUGUAAAGAACUUACUGCGUACUUGCAAUCCUACUUUGGUGGACUCCAUGAUGCACACCUGACGAUGGAUAAAGAUGGUGACAUUGCUCAGCAGGUCCAUCAAAUGGUUUCUGAAAAUCAGGGAGGUACCGUCCAGAAAGAGGAUGAUCGAAGGCGGUCUGAUGAACAUGAGAAGGAAGUCAACUUGCUGGGUAUUGAUAACCUGGCAGAAGUUCAAAUACAUGAUCUUUUUGAAUGCCAUAAAUGCAAUAUGACAUUUGAUGAGAAGGAUGCAUAUUUACAGCACCUUUUGUCAUUUCAUCAAAGGACUACAAGGAGGUAUAGACUUGGUUCUUCUGUUGGGGAUGGUGUGAUACUUAGAGAUGGAAAAUUUGAAUGUCAAUUCUGUCAUAAGGUAUUUCAUGAACGUCGUCGGUACAAUGGUCAUGUUGGGAUACAUGUCAGGAAUUAUGUGAGAGGAAUUGAAGAUUCACCUGGUUUACUGACUCUUCCAAGGAGAACUGAGGUUGCAACUAAGCAAGAGUCGGCCCCAAGGAUCUCUAAGAUGGAUGCUUUAAUUGAAAUUGCGCAGAAUUCUAUUCUUGAAACUACUACUACUGUGCCUAGAUAUGAACUCAAUGAUGGAUUAAGUCCUGAUAAAUUGAAUGCAGCUUCUAAUCCAGAAAUUCCUGCUUCUACUUCCGAUCAUGAAAUGAAUUCUGAUUCUCCUUUAAGUGAAUCUGGAACAGAGGAUGACAUGACUUAUAGAUCUGUGAAUAAAGAUUUAUGUCAACAAAACAGUGAGCCUAUGAUCCUUUCUGAAAAGACAGAGAAGAUUGAUGAAGCUAGCAAUGUUGUGAAUAUGGAUUCUCUAGUGGAUGCUACAAUUUCUGCAUCUAUGGAUGAGCAAAAUGGUAGUAUAUCUGAAACUUUUGUCCGGAAAGAUAGUUUAACCUUUCAUGCUGAUGAACUCAACAAGUCUUGUAGUGAGCAGCAAAGAAGUUCUGAAAGCAACUUACUUCUUCUCUCCACGGGCCAGGGUCUCUGUGAUGUUGAGAAUAAUGUCAAUUUAGUUGGUGCUGGCGCAAGAGAGCAUCAUAAACCUGAAGAGGUGGAUAACAAUGAGAAUGCUGAGUUAGAUAUUGGUUUUGGAAACGGUUGUGGGCCAGCUGAAGAUGUUGCACCAGAGACUAUACAUCAAACAUCUGAAGAAAAUGUACUUCAGGCCGAAGGGUCUGACUCAUCAAUGUCCCUAUUGCAACCUCUAAAUGGUACAUUGGCAUCAAAUGCAAUCUCAGAUAAGGGAGAAGAUGGUUUAUGCAGCAUUGAUCGGAAGCAUGACAAUGUAACAGGAUUUGAUGAGCUGAGGUUGGAUGAAAUAGAGCAGAUAAAUUUAAGCUUUGGUGGUGUACAAGAAUCUCCCUCGUUGCCAGAGGUUCCGGUAGAUUUGGCUAAUAAUCCAGAUAUAGGAGGUGCUUAUGGUUCCUCAGUUCAGUUUGAAUCAGAAGCCUUGUUAAAUAUGGCUGGCAAGCAUCAGCUUACAACUGUUUGUGUGUGGUGUGGAACAGAGUUCGACCAGGAGGCUAUUGAUUCUGAAAUACAAUCAGAUUCGGUUGGUUACAUGUGUCCGACCUGCAAGGGCAAAUUUCUAGGCAACUCAAUGCAUUAAACAGUGGUUCAGCCAUGCCCUUUGUUUUGUAUAGAAGGAAAAAUAAAAAAGAAAAGAAGAAGAAAAAAACAGUGGUUCGGCUAUGAAUUAUCACCUCUCAGUCAAGCCUUUCAUAUUUGAGUUUUAGAACAGGAAUUACUUGAUGUGGGUAACUUCUAUUAACUUUUUAAUUGCCUAUUGCUGAGCCCUUUGUUAUGUUUUUCCUAGCUAUUGACUUUGUAUGGCUUCUGGCUGCUUUGAUAUAUGUAUAUAUCUUCUUAGAUAUUGGUAUGUCUUAA